GGAGCUAGGCACACGUGUGGCGUACGUCUACCGUAAAUAUAUUCUGCUUAAGGCUGAUGGCUAGAUUGUCCAUAGUUGAUGUCUCGAGCUCUCAUAUCAUGUCAGUUAGCUCGAGUUACCCGCGUAUCUCGCCUCGUGGAACCGUAAUCAACUUCGUCUACGCCGUCUGCCGACUGAUUAUCAAUUCAGUGCCUCCGCCUAGACAUCCCCACCCUCUGAUAAGCAAGACAAGAUUCAGACGUACACUUGAAAUCGGAAAUAGAUACACCAGCGCCUGCGCUCCCAGCUCACCUAUUUUCACUCUUUUAACCGAGAAUCUGCGUUUGACAAAGAUUUACCUAACGAAUGCUCAUACAAACACUAUAUACUAAAAUAAUUACUUUGUUCUUGCAAUAUAUUUGUAUAACAUUAGAAUGAACGUUAAAAGUAAUUAAUGAUAUUUAAUUAAAAUUUAAUUUUCUAAAUAUCAAAUUCAAAUGUUGACCGUCAUAUCAAAAACUUUUUUUACGUGUCUUUUCUCCUCCAACUAUAAUAUUUAUACAAAUAAUAUAAUUAAAUAUAUUGAAUAAUUAAAUUAAAAAAAGAAGUUAAAGUAUAGAGACAAAAAGAGAUUUCAAGUACUGUACGUGAAAUUGUUAGUUAUUUGUUCUUUCUUCUAGCAUAGAUUUUUAUAUUUUUCUGAGUCCAGUUUGAUGAACCGUUGAAUAUCGCGCAUUCCCAUCGUUGAAGCAAACCUCUUUGCAGCUCUCUCGACCGCGGAUCGAAAUGGAUUUAAAACAGAGACCAGGCCAAUCGAGCCGCACACAUUGCGCGCAAGCGCGCUUCGAUAACCUACUGUCGCAAGGAGCGCGGCUUACCUGUCGUAGUCGCAGAAAAAUGUUUUAGUAAGGUUGUAGCUUCGCUCGAUCUUCGUUGUGAGUGAUCUCUUUAAACUUUAAUUCUUGAAGUAAAAUGACUCAGAUGUAAAAAGUGAAGAUUGUUGUCAUGAAAUGUCAUCGAAACUCGUUGAUCCACGCUUGACGUAUGAUAAUUCGAUAUUGUUAUUAUCAUUGUAAAAACGCAAAUUUGUAAAUAUGUAUGAAAAUUUGGUGAUAAUAAUCGAAGAAGGGUAAAUGUUCCGCGCGAAAGAGAUAUUUUCCUUGAAUUAUUUUCGUGAUAAAGGAGCUUCUGGGAAAGGGGUCGUUCAUCGACUCUUUCAACUUUUUUUUUCGUAAUCGAAUCGUCCAAACAAUGCAGAUAACGAGCCUGAAAGUAUAUAAAAUUAAAGUGUAAAGAGAUUUGCGAGGAAAAAGAAAGGCGCCUGCGCUCGAUACUAACCUGCUGCGAUUUAACGUGAGUACGGAGGUACUCGAUAUACUUUCCACAUCUGUUAGGAAGUUCUUAUUAAAUGUACAAACCUGUGAAAUAGUAAAAUGAUAUUAUAAACGUAAACAAAUUCAACGAGAACCGUCAAUAUUACAUCUACAUGCAGUCCGUUAACUAAUCGUAAACGAGGAACGAUAAUUAAUUUAAUAUAAAAGCUCAACACCUUCAACGGCGAUAAAUCACGAAAAUAAACAAAUAAUUAAUAGUAAAAUAAAAUUAGUUUAAGGAUAAUGUCAGAGAGUAGGUCAGCAUCUGCAUCCACCGAAGUAUUCUGGUUGGAGCCAGUGUCGAGGAGGGACGUGAGAAAUUCACUUGACGACGUAGUUCACGGGAUUUUCAUCCCUUUGAGUUCUCCAAAGGCUAUCAGGGUAGAAUUAUGCAGCAGGAUCGUUGAGAAGAGAGGAUGCAGCUUGGAGAAGUGUCGUUGAACCGGAUUUACUCUGGUUGUUCGAUUUGGUGUUACCGUCAGCUACGUCCUCGACGUCGAGGUCGUGAGAUUCAGGAACGUCCUGGCUGGGUCCAGGAUCGGCCGCAGGAUGUUGGCGGAAAUGGUCCGACUUUCUUACCAGCAUCGAGCGUUCUAUUGCUAUGUCAUUCUCAGCGUGUGGAUCUUUCUCCUCGUUGCUGGUAUGUACAAGUACAUUGGAAUAGAUGAAAAGAGCUCAGUGCAAGCCAGAGUUCUAGACAAUGACAUUUCCAUCAGGGAAUUUCCCAGGAAUUUGAAAACCGAUAUGAGAACCAAAAAGAUAUUUCAAUUUUGUAAUCCUCCAAGUGAUAUCACAGCAGAAACAGAAGGAAAAUUGGAUGGGAAUUUGACAUUGGGAGGGAUUUUAGUAUUUGUUCGGCAUGGAGACAGGGGUCCUUUGGCGCACAUUAGAAAUAUAAGCAUAGUAAAUUGCGGUGGAGAUUUUAAUUCCAUACCUGAAUUAGAAAGUUUAUACCAGAACUAUGUGAACUUCUUGCAAAAUGUCUCCAGCUAUUCCAGAACUGCUUGGGCACAAUUCUUAGGUCCAUUCCAUGGUUUUCCUAUGCUGCCCAGCAACUCUAAAGAUUGCAGAAUUGGUCAGUUGACUACACUUGGCAUUGGACAAUUGUUAAAAACUGGAAUCGUACUUAGAAAUGCUUAUUAUCACAAAUUGAAUUUGGGAAAUGGUUCUAUAUCCAGCAAAGACAUUGUUGUGUAUAGCACUAGGUAUCGAAGAACAGUCCAAAGUGCAGUUGCUUUACUCUAUGCCCUACUAGAGACAGAUGGUUUCCAAAAUCUAGCCAAAAUAACUAUGCAAGAAAGUCAAAGCUAUGCUUUUUGUAACACAGACUGUGCGUGUCCCGCCGCUGAAAAAUUCUUCAAACAACACCUAAAAGAAAUGUCUGAUCAUUUGAAAUCUCAUCCAGCGGUGGCUGAGCUUAUACGACAGGCUUCCAAUGCAGUCUUCGAGAUCCCUGAUCAAGCCCAAAUGACAGAUCCAAAUACUUUGAAGGAUGCAUUGUUAACAUACAUCUGCCAUGGUGCUUCCUUGCCCUGCAUAGAUUUUAACACUCAGAGGGUUUGUGUGAAAACUGAACACGUAACAGGUUUGUUCACUUAUACAGAAUGGGAGUCUAAACAAGUGGCAAAGAGCAGUAGCCGUAGAAAAUAUGGAUUGCUAAGAGCUUAUGGACUACUUCGAAAUAUCGUUUCCUACAUGCUACGAAUUAUCUCCGAGGCCAAACCUAAAAUAGUUUUAUACUCUGGCCAUGAUAAAACACUGGAAUACCUCGCAACCGCUCUUGGAAUCUUUUCUGACAAGUUGACUAUGCCACAUUAUGCUUCCCGCUUCGUAAUCGAGGUCUAUCGGAUAAAUCCGAAGAACGAAAACCACGUAGCCAGUGAUUUCUACUUCCGGGUGGUGAUCAAUGGAAAAGAUUUCACCCAAAAAAUUCCGUUCUGUAGAAAUGCAAAUUUUUACAGUGUCAGUUACAUCGAGCGCAAUGAAGUGGAAAAAACGCGGCGAGAUUCAAAAUUGUGCCCGAUUGAGACGAUCAUCAGACAACUUCACGACGAUUAUUUCGGACCAUUCAAUGCAACUAACUUCAAGGAUGCGUGUACCAAUCAUAAGCGCGGAUAAUUAAAAGAUCGAUUCUAAAAUUUCCAGAUAAAAAUUUUUUAUCAAAGGCUAUAGUUUGUUUAACACAUUGAUUGCCACGGUGGUCAUCGAUGACACACGUUUUACUAAAUAUUUUAGAAUGCUUAAAAUAAUAUAAAUUUCGUGGAAAAGAUUUUCAACGACAUAAAUAACAGAUAAUAUUAUCAGUAAAAUCCGGAAUUUAACACAAAUUCAUAUUUUUAAAGUCAUAUAAAAGAUUCAUAUAUGAAUAUAAUUACAAUAAUAAAUACGAAUAUAAAUAUGAAUAUAAUUACAACAAUAAAUAAAAUACAGAUUCGGUAAAAAGUUGCUUUACCCCUGCAUUAUACUCUGCGCAAUUUUCCACUUUCAAAUUUUCUAUAGAUGCAUAAAAAUCCGCACUCUAAUUAUCUGAAUAAAGUGCACAAAUACGAUGUAAUAUUUUGUAAAAACUAAUGUUGUGGUGUAGUACAUUUCGGAUAAAAUAUGUAAAAUUCGCGUGGCAAUCAACGUGUUGACGUUCUAGCGAGAGAUCAAAAAAAUGAAAAUCAAUCAGGAACAGAAAAUCGAACAUUCUACAAGCUCCUUAUACUUAAACCGGAAGCGAGACGCAACGCAAUGUGUAUUUGAAUCUUCAUACGAAUAAGUAAUAAGUACUAACGUUUGAAUAUUUUAUGACGAAAGUAUUAAAAAUUUAUGAAAACGAAUUGCAACGUACGCCCAUCGAAUUUCUUUUAUCGUUAAGAAAUCGAUGCUUUAUUACGGAAAUAUCAAAGUAUAAAAUAUGAAAAAAAUGAUAGUAAAAUUUGCACUGUUUAGAUACUAUGUCUUCGAACGAAUAAGAAAAAGGAAGCCUUACAUUCUUAGAUUACUUCUUACAAAAUCGAUUGUAGCUUUAAAUAUACAUAUAUAUACAUAUAAAGCUAGAUGAUCGCCAUAUAUUUUAUCACACAUCUCACUGUACAUAUGUAAAUAACUUUUGUCAAGCAGAAAUUGUGUUUAGUGUUUUCAAUGUUCUUGAGGAAAUUAUAGAAUCCUAUGUAAUUCACCGUCUUUGCCAUUGUUAAUUAGUAUCAUUUCCUCGUUAACGUAAAAUUAGUUCUCGUUAAAUUUACAAUGGACCAGAAUCCUCGUAUAAGAACGAUCAUACUUAAAGUGCUGUUAAAAUCACUUAUCUACUCACCAAAAAAUUCCACAGGUCGAGACUAGCAUCGCAAAGCUGUACAAAAUAAUAUUUAUCCAAAAAAGAUAUACGAGGCACUGAAAUGUAAAAUGAAAUUAUAGAUACUUUCUUUUGUUAAAAUACAUACUUAUAUCGUAAACUACUAUAAA